AUGUGCCGGCGCCAUGCCAUCUUUGGCGAGUUGGAUGAUGAGCUGAAGCUCUGGAGAUUUGUCGACAAGUUCCCUACUCCUAUCUACGACGUCACCUCUUGUCACAAAGGCGCUCCUCCAUUCCUCGUCGACUCGUAUCUACAUGCACGUUACCCUGCCGUGUAUCCAAAAGGUCCUCCCAUAGGCAAAGGCAUUGGCCUCGCAUUUGGCCUGUUCCUAAUGCAACAGGGUGCUAGCGUAGCCCACAACUAUGGCAUCGCUCAAACGAUGACUGUUGGUUUACUCAUUCGAUUAUCGGCCAGAUAUUCCGCAAGUCUCUGCGACUUUCCGGACGGGCACGCGGAGCAUAGUACCGGAAAGAUUACUACCAUGCUGUCUACAGACACGACUCGCCUCGACUUUGCCCUUGGAUUCUGCCACAGUCUUUGGAUUUCUCCUUUGAUGAUCAUUCUUGCAUUAGGUCUCCUCAUUGGUAACUUGGGAUACUCUGCACUUGUCUCCGUCGGUGUUCUUCUCCUAGGAUUCCCCGCACAGGGUAUCGUCGUGAAAUUCCUUUUCAACGCACGAAAAGACGGCAUUGUCAUUACCGACUCUCGUGUCCGUCUACUUCAAGAGGAAACUCUCUAUGGUCACAAGGUUGAUAUACUGCGUCGUGAUGAACUCAAAAGUCCGAACUACAUCAGUGCUACGUUCGACUUGAUCUCGUUGACAUCCUUCAUUCCUAUUCUCGCCGCCAUUCUUGCAUUUAUCACGUACAGCCUCACUGGUCAUCCAUUGGAUCCCGCCAUCAUCUUCUCAUCAUUACAGAUGCUCAAUUGUUGCGCAUGGUCAGCUCUCGUUACUCAAUGCCGACGGUCUCGUCUCACUGCGUAUUGGCGCAUUCCUCACAGCCGAGGAACUAUCACCGGCCUUUCCCAUCGACUCGUCUACAAAUUUGCCGUGGAUAUUACCGACGGAAGCUUUAUAUGGAAGUCGCCGACCCAGCUAAAGCCAAAGGCGAGCCGGGCCAGGCAAAAGGGUGGUGCCGAAGAAAAAGGAAGAUGCAAAGGCAAAAGACGAGAAGAAGAAACAGAGCAAGAAGAGCAAGAAAGCCGAGCAACAGGCCAAAAGGAUCAAUCAUCUGGCGAGCCCUCUCCUUCUGGAACGAUUAUCAAUGAGCCAAAGGAGGGCAAGGAGAUUUUCAAGCUCAAGAAUAUCAAUAUGCAUAUUGCCAAAGGACAGUUCAUUGGUAUCGUCGGCAAAGUUGGCAGCGGCAAGAGUAGUCUUCUCAAUGCGUUGAUUGGGGAGAUGAGGAAGACGAAUGGCAGCGUAUCGUUCAACGGCACGAUUGCAUAUACGCCACAAAACCCAUGGCUCGCGAACGCAACUGUGCGCGACAAUAUUCUCUUUGAAAUCCAUACGAUGAAGCGAGGUGAACAAACGGAAAUCGGCGAAAAGGGUAUCAACCUCAGCGGUGGUCAAAAGGCUCGCGUCAGUCUGGCGCGUGUUGCAUAUUCAAAAGCAGACGUUGUAUUCUUGACGACCCGCUCUCUGCCGUGGACGCACAUGUCGGCAAGAGUAUCCUCGAAGAUUGUCUCACUAGAGGUCCCUCGCUGGACGUACACGCAUCGUUACCCAUGCGCUCUCGGCCUUGCCCAGAGUGGACUACAUUUACGUUCUGGAUAA